AUGACUGAAGAGGUUGAUGUGACACCAUGGGGUGAUUUGGAGAUUUAUGAAUACAAUGGAAAAUAUUCCAAACAUCGGGAGGCUAUUGAUGUUGGCAACUCAAACACAAAUGAAGAUGCUGACAUCACAAAGAUUGAGUUCAACCCUUGGCAAUAUGUGGCCAGUGUACUAUUCUUGGAGUCGCCAGCUGGAGUGGGAUUCUCGUAUUCAAACAGAUCAUCUGACUACACGAUAUGCGAUAACCAGACAACUAAAGAUUCUUACACUUUUCUAGUCAAUUGGCUUGAAAGAUUCCCCGAAUACAAAACCCGAGAUUUCUUUAUUGCAGGUGAAAGCUAUGCAUGUCACUAUGUACCUCAACUCGCAUCCCUCAUUCACUUGGAAAACAAGAAAACAAACCAGACGAUUAUUAAUCUUCACGGGAUUGCAAUAAGCACUUUUCAUACAUAA